AGGUGCAGCAGGCCGGGCUAACAGCGUCGAGAGCCGCAAACAUGUGCGUAGCCGGCGGCGGAAAAGUGUGCGCCCUCGUGCUCGAGGAUGGUACCGUCUUGCAGGGAUUCAACUUCGGAGCACCUGUGGAUUCCCAGGGCGAAGUUGUGUUUCAGACUGGAAUGGUUGGAUACCAGGAAUCCCUUACAGAUCCAUCAUACCAUGCACAAAUCCUAGUUCUUACAUACCCUUUGAUUGGCAACUAUGGAGUAACAGAUGAGAGUAAAGAUGAAUUUGAUCUUCCCCAGUGGUUUGAGUCGAGACGUAUAUGGGCAACAGGAUUGGUUGUUGGAGAGCUCUGUGAAACUCCCAGCCAUUGGCGUCAAGUUAGGACACUAUCACAGUGGAUGCAUGAGCAUGGAGUGCCUGGAAUUUGUGGCAUUGAUACAAGAGAAUUGACCAAAAAGAUUAGAGAAAAAGGAUCACUUUUAGGAAAGAUUGUGAUGGGAGUGCCACCGUCCUCUGUUCCUUCAGCUGUGUUGUUUGAGGAUCCCAAUAAAAGAAACCUUGUGAAUGAUGUUUCUAUUGAGAAAGUAAUGACCUUCAGCGCUUCUGCACCAGUGACAAUAUGUGCUGUGGAUUGUGGUUUAAAAUAUAACCAAUUAAGGUGUCUGUUAAAGAGAGGAGUCAGGGUGGAUUUAGUUCCAUGGAACCAUCCACUAGAUGUUGAGAAAUAUGAUGGUCUUUUCCUAAGCAAUGGACCAGGAGAUCCAGAAAUGUGCAAAGAAACCAUAGAAAACAUACAGAAGAUAAUGAAGCAGGAUAAAAUAAAACCAAUCUUUGGUAUUUGCUUGGGUCACCAGCUGUUAUCACUUGCUGCAGGAUGCAAAGCAUACAAAAUGAAGUAUGGGAACAGGGGACACAACCAGCCUUGUACGCAUCAUGGAACAGGUUUAUGCUUUAUGACUUCACAGAAUCAUGGAUUUGCAAUAAAUGUGGAAAAUCUUGCAGAGGGAUGGCUUCCAUUGUUCACAAAUACAAAUGAUAAUACAAAUGAAGGUCUAAUUCAUGAAUCACUCCCAUUCUUUAGUGUACAAUUCCACCCUGAGCACAGCCCAGGACCACAAGAUUUGGAGUGCCUUUUUGAUGCUUUUCUAGAAGCUGUGAAGAUUUGUAAAGAUGGUGGUGCACCAGACUUAAAAGGCAUUCUGUCUCAGCAGCUACGGCGUCAUAUUACAACUGCACCAUCUGUAUUGCACCCUAGAAAAGUGCUUAUUCUUGGAUCAGGUGGUUUGUCUAUUGGACAAGCCGGUGAAUUUGAUUAUUCAGGCUCACAGGCAAUAAAAGCACUCAAAGAAGAAGGCAUACAGACUGUACUAAUAAAUCCUAACAUUGCUACAGUGCAGACAUCAAAAGGUCUGGCAGAUAAGGUUUACUUCUUACCAUUAACACCAGAAUAUGUGGAACAGGUUAUCCGUUCGGAAAGACCAGAUGGUGUAUUGUUGACAUUUGGUGGGCAGACUGCUCUAAAUUGUGGUGUUGAACUGCAGAGAGGUGGAGUAUUUGACAAAUAUAAUGUUAGAGUUCUUGGCACACCAAUCCAGUCCAUAAUUGAUACAGAGGACCGAAAGAUAUUUGCAGAAAAAAUUAAUCAAAUUGGAGAAAAAGUAGCACCAAGUGCUGCUGUUUAUUCUGUGCAAGAAGCACUAGAAGCUGCUGAGAGACUAGAAUAUCCUGUUAUGGCCAGAGCAGCAUUUUCACUUGGCGGACUUGGAUCAGGCUUUGCAAAUAACAAAGAGGAGCUACGCUGUCUUGCACAGCAAGCUCUUGCUCAUUCUAGUCAACUGAUCAUAGAUAAGUCAUUGAAAGGUUGGAAGGAAGUAGAAUAUGAAGUAGUGAGGGACGCUUAUGAUAACUGCAUAACGGUCUGCAACAUGGAAAAUGUCGACCCUCUUGGUAUUCACACAGGAGAAUCCAUUGUUGUAGCCCCUAGCCAGACUUUAACAAACAGAGAGUACAACAUUCUUCGAACAACAGCCAUUAAUGUAAUAAGACACUUCGGAGUUGUUGGAGAAUGCAAUAUUCAAUACGCUUUUAACCCAUACUCAGAGGAGUACUACAUUAUUGAGGUAAAUGCUAGACUAUCUCGUAGUUCUGCUUUAGCAAGUAAGGCUACUGGGUAUCCUCUGGCAUAUGUUGCAGCAAAACUAGCCCUAGGUAUUCCGCUGCCAAACAUCAAGAACUCCGUUACUGGUACAACUACUGCUUGCUUCGAACCUAGUCUGGAUUAUUGUGUUGUGAAGAUUCCUCGGUGGGACCUAAGCAAAUUUACAAGAGUUAGCACUAAAAUUGGGAGUUCAAUGAAGAGUGUUGGUGAAGUUAUGGCUGUUGGUCGUAAGUUUGAAGAAGCUUUCCAGAAAGCACUAAGAAUGAUGGAUGAAAGUGUUAUAGGAUUUGAUCCUUACGUUAAAGCUAUAUCAGAUGAAGAACUGGAAAAACCUACAGACAAACGAAUGUUUGUGUUAGCAGCAGCACUUAAAGCAGGAUAUACAAUAGAUAGACUGUAUGAUCUCACUAAAAUAGAUCGUUGGUUUCUACAGAAAAUGAAAAAUAUAAUAGAUUUUCAAAUACUGCUUGAGUCUGUUGGACAGGCACAUGUAUAUGAUGUGUUGCUGAAAGCUAAGCAACUUGGAUUUUCUGACAAGCAGAUAGCUACUUUUGUAAAAAGUACAGAGCUAUCAAUAAGGAAGAAAAGAGAAGAAGUAGGAAUAACGCCGUAUGUUAAACAGAUAGAUACAGUAGCUGCAGAGUGGCCAGCAUCUACAAAUUAUUUGUAUCUUACUUAUAAUGGGUCUGCUCAUGAUCUAAUCUUUCCAGGUGGACAUACUAUGGUAAUAGGUUCUGGUGUUUAUCGCAUUGGCAGUUCUGUAGAGUUUGAUUGGUGUGCCGUUGGUUGUUUGAGAGAACUUAGGAAACUUGGCAGGAAAACAAUUAUGGUCAAUUAUAACCCAGAAACUGUCAGUACAGAUUAUGACAUGUCUGACAGGCUAUAUUUUGAAGAAAUUUCAUUUGAGGUUGUUAUGGAUAUAUACAACAUUGAAAAUCCAGAAGGCAUCAUUCUCUGUAUGGGUGGACAGCUGCCAAAUAAUAUUGCAAUGGAUUUGCAUCGGCAGCAAGCCAGAAUUCUUGGUACUUCUCCAGAGUCUGUAGAUGGUGCGGAAAACAGAUUCAAAUUUUCAAGAAUGCUGGAUCGCAUUGGAAUAUCUCAGCCAAGAUGGAAAGAGUUGACAAACUUGGAAUCGGCAAAAGAAUUUUGUGAAGAAGUUGGCUACCCUUGUUUGGUAAGACCAUCGUAUGUCUUGAGUGGAGCAGCAAUGAAUGUUGCUCACACACCACAGGAUCUUGAGACAUACUUAAAGUCAGCAAGUGAUGUCAGCAAAGAACACCCAGUUGUUAUAUCAAAAUUCCUUUUGGAAGCAAAGGAGAUUGAUGUUGAUGGUGUUGCAUAUGAUGGUAUCAUCCUAUGCCUUGCAGUAUCUGAACAUGUGGAAAAUGCUGGUGUCCAUUCUGGCGAUGCAACACUUGUUACACCACCUCAAGAUAUAAAUCCUCAGACACUGUCUAAAAUAAUGAAUAUAGCGCGCUCAGUUGCUGGUUCUCUUGAGGUUACUGGACCAUUUAACAUGCAACUCAUAGCAAAGGACAAUGAGCUGAAAGUAAUAGAAUGCAAUGUUAGAGUUUCAAGGUCAUUUCCAUUUGUAUCUAAAACAUUGGACUAUGAUUUUGUGGCCAUGGCAACUCGAGUGAUCAUAGGAGAACAAGUAGAGCCUGUUGAUGUGUUAAGAGGAUGUGGCAAAGUUGGUGUCAAAGUGCCACAGUUUUCCUUCUCCCGGUUGGCAGGUGCAGAUGUUAUGUUGGGUGUUGAGAUGGCUUCAACUGGGGAAGUGGCUUGCUUUGGUGAAAACAGAUAUGAGGCAUACUUGAAAGCCAUGCUGAGCACUGGGUUCCAAAUCCCUAAGAAUGCAAUACUUCUUUCUGUGGGCAGCUUCAAGCACAAAAUGGAGCUAUUACCCAGUGUCCAGGCUCUCCAGAAUAUGGGUUACAAACUCUAUGCUAGUAUGGGAACAGCUGACUUCUACAUGGAACAUGGUGUAGAUGUGGAGAUGGUGCAGUGGACGUUCGAGGACAUCGACUCGUCGGGCGGCGAGCUGAACCGGCUGUCGGACUUCCUGGCGCGCAAGCACUUCGACCUGGUGAUCAACCUGCCGAUGCGCAACGGCGGCGCGCGCCGCGUCUCCUCCUUCAUGACGCACGGCUACCGCACGCGCCGGCUCGCCGUCGACUACUCCGUGCCGCUCGUCACCGACGUCAAGUGCGCCAAGCUGCUGGUCGAGGCGAUGCGGAGGAUCGGGCGCGCGGCGCCGCCCAUGAAGACGCACACGGACUGCAUGACUUCGCGGCACAUGGUGCGCCUGCCCGGCUUCAUCGACGUGCACGUGCACGUUCGCGAGCCGGGCGCCACGCACAAGGAGGACUUCUCGUCGGGCACGGCGGCCGCGCUCGCCGGCGGCGUCACCAUGAUCAUGGCCAUGCCCAACACCAACCCUGCCAUCACCGACCACCACACGUUCACGCUCGUCAAGGAGUUGGCAAGUGCAGGAGCUCGUUGUGACUACGGAUUAUUCAUCGGUGCUUCAUCGGACAACUAUAGCCUCAUACCAGAGCUCGCUCCUUCAGCAGCUGGACUGAAGAUGUACCUGAAUGAGACUUACACAACCCUAACUUUGAAAGACCUCAGUGUUUGGAUUAAGCAUUUUGACAGUUGGCCAAAAACAUCUCCUUUGUGUGUUCAUGCUGAGAGUCAGACAACUGCUGCAGUACUACUAUUGGCCACACUCCACAGCAGACCUAUUCAUAUCUGCCAUGUUGCUCGGAAGGAAGAGAUCGAGAUUAUAAGAGCUGCUAAAGAGAAGGGUCUGCCGGUUACAUGUGAAGUCUGUCCACAUCACCUGUUCCUGACACAGAAAGAUGGUGAAAGAUUAGGAGCUGGGAAAGGAAGUGUAAGACCAGUUCUUGGUACUGAAGAAGAUCAGCAGGCACUGUGGGAUAACAUAGACAUAAUUGAUGUUUUUGCUACAGACCAUGCACCUCAUACAUUAGAGGAGAAGAUGUCAGAAAAGCCACCACCAGGAUUUCCUGGGUUAGAGACCAUCCUUCCUCUUCUAUUGACAGCUGUUCAUGAGGAGAAAUUAACACUGGAGGACCUUAUUGACAAGUUUCAUCGGAACCCACGCCGCAUCUUCAAUCUUCCUGAGCAGCCAAAUACUUAUGUAGAAGUGGACAUGACAGAUGAAUGGAUCGUGCCUGAGGCAAUGGCAUACACAAAGUCUAAAUGGACACCAUUUGUUGGAAUGAAAAUGAGAGGCUCUGUGCACAGGGUGGUACUUCGGGGUGAAGUUGCCUAUGUGGAUGGACAGGUACUAGUCCCACCUGGCUAUGGGCAAGAUGUGAGAGAGUGGCAGACAAAGAAACAUCCAGUUCCCACAAUCCUUGAGCUUAGCAGGCCUCCAUCUAGUCUAGAUGACUACAUUACCUCAGCUGAAAAUUGUGUGCGUUUUGCGCCAGAGACAUUUAAACUGGGUGAUUUUUCUGAUGGUGAGAACAAGCAAGCAUUUGAAAAAUAUUCUAAGUUAAUAUCAGACAUGGCUUCAUCAAAACAACAAACUGGUUUUCCUGCUACCCAUGAUGGACUUGCUCCAAUUGCAGCACCACAGCGAAGCAUUUCUCCAUUGCCCUUGUUGCGAUACAAGAGUGACAGCAUUCCCAAUCUCCCCAGUGUUGUUCCUGGACAAUCUUCAUCAUUCAGCCAUGGGCUCACUGGUCAACAUGUUCUUUCUGUCAGUAUGUUCACUAAGGACCAGCUGAAUGAAAUAUUCAAUCUCGCACAGACACUAAGAGUGUUCGUGCAAAAGGAAAGACAGUUGGAUCACGUAUUACGGGGGAAAGUAAUGGCUUCCGUUUUCUAUGAAGUGAGUACACGAACUAGUUGCAGCUUUUCAGCUGCAAUGCAGAGGCUUGGUGGAAGAGUAAUUUAUAUGGAUGAGAGUUCUUCAUCUGUUAAAAAGGGUGAAACACUGGAGGAUUCGGUUCAGGUGAUGGCUGGAUAUGCAGAUGUUGUUGUCUUGAGGCAUCCAGAACCAGGAGCUGUUUCUCGUGCUGCUCAGCAUUGCCGUAAACCACUGCUGAAUGCCGGUGAUGGUACUGGUGAACACCCUACCCAGGCACUGCUGGAUGUGUUCACAAUUCGAGAAGAAAUAGGCACUGUGAAUGGCCUGACAAUAACAAUGGUGGGAGAUCUUAGACAUGGAAGGACAGUGCAUUCUCUUGCCAGGUUGCUUACAUUAUACAAUGUGCAGCUGAGGUAUGUGAAUCCACCAAAUCUUGGAAUGCCUUUAAAUGUUGUUCAGUUUGUUGCAUCGAAAGGCAUACCACAGGAAGAAUUUAGUACGCUGGAGGAAGCUCUUCCAGAAACAGAUGUCCUGUAUAUGACCCGCAUUCAGAGAGAGAGAUUUCCAUCUCAAGAAGCAUAUGAGAAGGCUUGUGGACAUUUUGUGGUCACUCCUGAACUGAUGACACUGGCCAAACGCAAAAUGGUUGUUCUGCAUCCUCUUCCACGUGUGUUCGAGAUCAGCCCAGAGCUUGACAUUGAUCCAAGAGCAGCUUAUUUCCGUCAAGCAGAAUGUGGAAUGUAUGUUCGUAUGGCACUGCUUGCAAUGGUUCUUGGGCGAUGUUGAUAGAAACUUCUUCAGAUGCAUUGUGAGGAACCUUUCAACCUUUACACUGUGAUAUGUGCCCAUGAGUGAUAAACAUAUUUUUUUUUUUAUCACAGUUAUUUCUGUUUUGAGUCAGUAUUGUGAUUAUGUAUUAGAAUGCAACAUUCCAUAGAGAGUAUCUAAGAAGACACUCAAAAAAUUAUAUUCGCUGUAUUUUUUUAUGACAAAUCUGAAAUUCAUAUGAAGCUGUUCUGUAAAAACAGCCAGUCACAACUAACAAAAUGUAAAAAAAUCUAGCAAUAUUCAGUUAUUAAUAAAGAAAGUAAUCUAAUUUUCUCUGAAUAUUGCCCAUGUAGACUGAAAAAUUGUCAUUUUCCAUCAUUGUCACCAUCUUUCCCUUUUGUGCAGUCCAUUUGUAAUUUUGAAAUUGUUGAACUCGAUAAUGUCAAAGUAUCACUUGCUAGUGUAUUGUAUGUCAAAUGUUAGCAACUUAUCAGUUGCACUGUUAAACUUCUGUAUAUCAAUUUUGAAUAAAAUUAU